CCACUCUUUCUCGGUUCUCACUUCUCACUCUGCCCUGCAAACCCUAAUUUUUCCAUUUUUUGAUAGAAAAUGAGAGCUUUCUGUGGAAUCAGCUCUCCCGAGCAGCUCUCAUUUCUGUCAAAAGGAACUUUCACUACCUCAAGGACUCGACUUUCUUUUCCUGCAAAACUCUUCUUUUGCCAAGCAAAGUUCGAUGAUUCUGGGACAGAUGGGUCAUUCAACUUGAAAGUGGUGCCUCCAGCCCUGUUAGCAGCAGAAAAAGAAGAAGCCAAGGCUGUUUUGACCUUGUUCUUAAAGAAACAAGGAUUGAGCAAUGCAGUUGCUUCAAGGACCAUCAACAAGUCAGACAUUUUCAUUGACCACCUCGUCUCAAAGCUUCAUUCUGUUCAUAAAUCUCGAUAUCUAGUAGGACGUGAACUUACAACCCUUGAGAUCAGGGAUGCUCUUAAUCCUUACCUUGAAGCCCUUCUCGAAGAGCAUGGGAACUUUAUGGUAGAUGUAGCGGAAAAUUUUCCAAACCCACCUGUUAAAGAAAAAACAAUUCUGCCAGUUUCUCAGCCCAAUCCAACCCUUGACGCUAAGAAGCUAAAGGCCAUAUCUCGAGUGAGUGAGAUAGACCCAGCUGGGAAUCUCCGCCCUCAAGUUCUCUAUCUCAUAGAGCUUGGUAUGGAUCUUGAGCAGAUCAAGGGAAUUACGCAAAAGUACCCAUCCUUUGCCUACUAUAGCUUGGAGGGGAAAAUCAAGCCAGUGGUUGAGUUUCUUCUUGAUCUUGGGGUACCAAAAUCAGAUAUUCCCACCAUCCUCAUCAAAAGGCCUCAGUUGUGUGGAAUUAGUCUCUCUGAAAAUCUUAUACCCACCAUGGCCUUCCUAGAGAAUUUGGGUGUGGACAAGACAAAAUGGGCAAAAGUGAUAUAUCGCUUGCCACAUCUUCUCACUUAUAGCCAGGAGAAGGUUAAGAUCACUGUGGAAUUUCUUCAUGAGAUGGGCAUCUCGGCAGAGAGCAUUGGUAAGAUUCUGACACGCAGCCCAAACAUUAUUAGCUACAGUGUUGAGGACAAGUUACGGCCAACUGCUGAGUACUUCUGUUCUUUGGGAGUUGAUGUUGCUAAUCUUCUCUAUCGAUCUCCACAGACUUUUGGUCUUAGUAUUGAAGCAAAUCUGAAGCCUGUGACAGAAUUUUUCUUGGAGAGGGGAUAUAGUAUUGAGGAAAUUGGGACCAUGAUUUCGAGAUAUGGGACCUUAUAUACUUUUAGCUUGUCAGGGAAUUUGAUAACAAAAUGGGAGUUCUUUUUGACCAUGGAUUAUCCAAAACCAGAGCUCGUGAAAUUCCCUCAAUAUUUUGGUUAUAGUUUGGAAGAGAGGAUUAAACCAAGGUAUGCACGUAUGAAGGAGUGUGGAGUUUCAUUGCUGCUGAACCAGCUGCUUUCACUGUCAUAUGGUGACUUUGAGAAGGCUUUGGAAAAGAAAAUGAAGAAAAUGGAGAAAAUGCUCCCUGACAAGGAUAAGAGCAACAGCAGUUAUGACCUUUGAUCAGACAAUGUACGAUGAGACUUGUCGUGGAGGUGCAAUUUCCAAGUCAAAGCAAAUGUUGGUGCUCCUAAGUGGGCAUUAGAACAGUAUUGUGUCGGGGAAAUUGGAUCAUGUAAACGAAUUUACAGCUGCAUUUGCAAACUCUGGGCAUUUCAGUGCUGUUGUGAGCUUUAAUCAAGUUUCAGAGUGCAUGUUGGCGCAUAACGCUGCACGCAGAAGGGUCGGAGACGCAUCUGCCAUCCUGUUCAGCUCGUGCUCUCCUCAAGGAUCACCUGCUCAGUGGUCCCUGUAUAUUGACCAGGCUUUCUCCUUGCCAUGCUCGAUGAUGAGGCAUCGGGGAAGUAUGUAUGGAAGCAGAAUGUUUGUCAUUGAAAUCAAUCUGUUCUCAAUUGCAUAGCAUGAGUUACUCCAUUGCUUAUUUCAUUGGAAAGCAUUUACUCCCCAUAUUUUGUUAUAUCUUUUAUGUUGUUCUGGUCUAUGUAUACUCUUCCCGGGAGAUAGCCUACUUCUGCAUCUCUAGUUGCUGUAUAAUUGUAUUGCUAAAAUGGCCUUUUUUGUUGCUCAAAAAAGUGAUUCUCCUGAUUUUGUGAUAAUACCGUUAUUCAGUUGCAUGCAAACGAUUGGUGUAAAAAUUUUAGUGCUGGACUGCAAAGUAGACUUGAAUGA